ACGGUUGAGAUAACACACAGUGAUGGCUUCGUCUCUGAGGAUCACUAGAGGAGUAUCAUCGGCGUUAAUCGGAUCUCGACGGCGUUUCCCGUUCGUCGGUGCGUUUUGCGUGCUUUCAACUCUCUCUAUCUCUUCUCUUUCUUCGUCUUCCUUCAGAUCGGGUUGUGCACAGUCCUUCUCUGUUGUUCCUCUCUUUAGGUCUAGCAGUAAGGCUUCUUCUCUAUCGAUUAAAAUGGAGGAGAGCAGCAAAAAUGUGCCCAGCAUUGUUGUUUAUGUCACUGUUCCUAACAGAGAAGCAGGGAAGAAGUUGGCUAACAGUAUAGUCCAAGAAAAGCUUGCAGCCUGUGUGAACAUUGUGCCUGGCAUUGAAUCGGUGUACGAGUGGGAGGGGAAGGUUCGGAGUGAUUCCGAGGAGCUAUUGAUAAUCAAAACAAGGCAAUCCCUUCUAGAGUCUCUAACCGAGCACGUCAAUGCAAACCAUGAAUACGAUGUGCCAGAAGUAAUUGCAUUGCCAAUCACUGGUGGAAGCGACAAGUAUCUAGAAUGGUUGAAAAACAGUACAAGGAACUGAGAUCUCCAUGUCUCGUAGCUGUCCAGCGGUCAAUGGCUUUGUAGUACUGGUUUCUUUUACAUUUCAACAACCUCUGUAUUAAAAAAAGAAAACGUGUCAAGUGUAAUACUGGACCAGUUCGUCAAAUGACAUUUGCUUAAAAGAUUUCAACUCAAGUUCUAUAAAUUACAUCUUUUAUUGUA